GAGUAGUGAGCCGAGCCCCAACGACCUUUUACUCCUAUCGGCUACGGGCUAUCACUCCCUUCUCUCUUGCUUAGUUGCUCUAUCUCUCUCCAAAAAUGGCGACUAUGAACAUACUUUCCAGAACAAUCUCUCCAUCACCUCGAUUACUCCCUUCAAACUCUCAUCAACCUCUUCAAUCUCUCUCUUUUCUCUCUCCUCCUACCACAUCUUCCUUCACAAUCCACAGCUUUCUCUCUCUAAAACACACCACUAAUUUCGCAACUAUCGCAAAGCUUAAACCUCGUUCUCUCUCUAUUGUAUCAGCAUUCAAGAAACUAUCGGAGUCAGAUUCGGUUCCUUUUUCGCCGGAAAAUGACGUAAGCUUGACAUCAGAUUCCGGCGUUUACGCAGUCUAUGAUUCUAAUGGCGAGCUUCAGUUCAUCGGUUUGUCCAAAAAUGUCGCCGCUAGUGUUGAUACUCACCGGAAAAAGGUGCCGGAGCUUUGUUCUUCUAUUAAGGUUGGAAUUGUUGAUGAUCCAAGCAGAGAAUCCUUGACCCAAGCUUGGAAAUCAUGGAUGGAAGAACACAUAGCAGCCACAGGAAAGGUUCCACCAGGAAACGAGACAGGCAAUACAACAUGGUUUAGGCCACCACCUAAGAAGAAGGCAGAUCUCCGUCUAACGCCUGGACGAAAUGUACAGCUAACAGUUCCACUAGAACAGCUUAUUGAUAGGCUGGUUAAAGAAAACAAAGUUGUUGCUUUUAUCAAGGGAUCUCGAAGUGCACCUUUAUGUGGGUUCUCGCAAAAGGUGGUUGGGAUGCUUGAAAGCCAAGGGGUGGAUUAUGAGAGCGUGGAUGUGCUUGACGAGGAGUUCAAUUAUGGAUUAAGGGAAACACUCAAGAGCUACAGCAACUGGCCGACAUUCCCUCAGAUCUUUGUCAAUGGAGAAUUGGUCGGAGGAUGUGACAUAUUAACCUCCAUGUAUGAAAAGGGUGAGCUUGCUAGUUUGUUGAAAUAAAUAAUUUAUUUUCUUGUACACUGAUAUGAACAAUAUAAAACUAGGGCUUAUAGAUUUGAUUGUGUUACAAUAUGAGUGUAAAGUUUGAGCUUUGUAUGUUGCUCAAGCAGGUAAGUUCGUGGUUUGUUGUUAUAAUCUUUGUUGUAGAAUGCUGGAGAUCAAAACUACAAUUCUUUGACCAGGCAGCUAGAAUAAAAAGCACAGAGGACUUAAACUAUA